GCCCAAAAUCCAGCCCAACGAACUCAUGCCUGCCGCUAUUAAACACCAGCUAUAUGAAUUAGGGUUUUGUUCGUUCGAUCUUCUUCGUUCACCUCUCGUUUGCUUACAAGAGAAAAAAAAAAAAAAUUAACGGAGCCGCAGUCUCUCUUCUCAAAACGAGAUGGCAAAGUCGAAGAAUCAUACAGCUCACAAUCAGUCAUACAAGGCACACAAGAACGGAAUCAAGAAACCCAGAAAGCACCGCCACACAUCCACCAAAGGGAUGGACCCAAAGUUUUUAAGGAACCAGAGGUAUGCAAGGAAGCACAACAAGAAGGGAGCUGAAUCAGGUGCUGACGAGGAGUAGAUUCUUUUCUUUGAAAAGAUGAGAGCUUUGUUUUGUUAUGGAUUUUACUUUACUAUUUAGCUUUGAAGACCUUGUUAUUAUUCUUAGCACUGUAAUGACUUGAUGAUGAUGCCCUUAAGUGGGUUUGAUUGUUGAGAUGGUUUUUUAUGGAUUCUUACUGAUGUUCUACUAGAAAUUCAUUUUUUAAACCUCUUCA